CUUGUUGAUCAAGAAUAUGAUUGUCGCCGUCGUCGUCGUCGCGGAAUGGCCUAGUGAUACGUUGCCGGAGUGAACUCAUCGUGGACGAAGCAAGUUGAAGUCGGCCGAAUUAGUCCGACAGACCAUUCACGAAAGACUUCCGCUCGGCCCCGAACCUCCGGUAUCAUUACUGCGACCAUGGCUGCUUGUCUACGGUUUACUCGUCGGGUAGUGUGGAAGUCUUUUGUUGUAAACAAGGGACAUGACGCGCAAUGUUUCCCGAACGUUCGUCUCUUGCUCCUUUACUCAUACUCUUAUUUAAGUCAUUUGGGUCAGCUCAUUGUAGAACAUGCAGAACCAGGAGUUGUGAAGGCCUCGCUCAAGAUAGAACCUUACAACAUCAAUCGUGUCGGGGUAACACACGGUGGUCUUAUCAUGUCACUGACAGACACCAUGGGGUCGCUGGUCGUUGCUACCAAAGGAUAUUGGAUGACCGGGGUAAGCACCGACAUUGGUGCAUCCUUCGUCCGUCCAGCUGGAAGACCGGGUGAUAUAGUAUAUGCAACGUCUCAUUUGACUGGUAUGGGUAAAUCCUUGGCAUACACACGGACAGAGUUCAAGAAUGCGACAGGGGAUCUUGUUGCAUAUGGGUACCACACUAAGUACAUUGGCAAGGCACUCGUCCACGAGAACAACGUGAAAUUGUCAGAAGAUGGAGAAACAGUCUUGGAAGGGAAGGACCUUGAAGUAGACUAGAUUAGACGUUCUUCUAAAGAUAAGCUCCUAGAUCAAAAUCUGCAAUCUGAUAUCGGGGAGAAUCCGAAGCUAAAUUCAUGGUGGUUUUCGCGUUCUGCAGCAUUUGUUGAUAUCUUAAAAGAAUCGUCAAGUUCUCGUAUUUUCCUGGUAUCUGUAGGGUGGUAACGCUGCCCGCCAUGAAAACAGCAAUAAUAACAUCUACCAACCAACUUGAGAUUCAGGUACAUCACAGUAGCAGAGAUCCCCUACGCAUCAGGAUACCCGACUUUGAAAAGUAAAUGUAUCCGCCCCUUCGUUCUUAUCUCAUUCCUUUUAUUUCGAUAUUUAUUUAAUUUUUCACGCCAACGAAUAAGAAAAUAUUUAAUAAUUC